AAACAAAAAGGACACGGAAAGACGUUAGAUUUCAAAUAAUCGCAUCCGCCAGCCUCCUUCUGUCUGCUGCUGUUUGCAUCGAAAUUAUUGUUGUGUGCAUGCGAAAGAAACUCUCCUGUCCUGGCUUAAAGGAAAUUAGCAGUCGGAGAAGGCAAGCCUGGGUGAAGGUCCCAGACCCUCAGUAAGGCUUAAAUAAUAUUGUGAUGGAGGUUGAACACAAGGAUGACUCUAGCAACACUCUGGCCAAUGGAAGUGCCAAUUCAGGCAAACGUGGCAGGGGCAGACCACGAGGGUCAGUGAAGAAAAAAGUCAUCUCCAUGAAAGAGGUACCUCAUAACGCUAGGGCAUCCAAAAGAGUGGAUUUCUUUUCACCCGAGACGGUCAUAAGGCCGAAAGUCAAGAAACGCGGCCGUCCGAAAAAGAUAAGGAUCCCAGGAAGACCGCGAAAGAUUCCCCUCACGCCAGAGGAAGAAGCAGAGAGAAUUUUAAGGUUGAGCAAGAAACGGAAACUCUCGAAGCCUCUCGGGAGACCCCGCAUCCAUCCCCUUGUAGACAGGCCGAAGGAGAAAAGGGGGCGAGGCAGACCGCGCAAAUAUGAAUCCAUGGCCUCACAAAACGGCAGAGUUGACGGGAACCUGAAGAGCCUAAAGAUCACUGAAGCUGGCGGAGACACCCCUCGAGGGAGAGGAAGGCCAAGAGGAUCGUUUAAGAAGAAAAGGGGUCGGCCGGCAGGUCCGUCUCUGGUAAAAAGGCCGACAGAAGGAACUCCGGGGAAAAGGGGGCGACCGCCAGGCUCUGGUACCAAGCUACAGGUCAGGCAGGAUGCGAACGGAACUCCUCGAAAGAGAGGCAGACCCCCAGGCUCUGGGAGAAAGCUGAAGGUUAUUUCAGGCGAAGUAAACGGAACUCCUAAAAAGAGAGGGCGGCCUCCGGGAUCCGGGACCAAGGUUAAGGUCGUGAAGCAGGUGACUGAUGGAAUUCCCAGAAAGAGGGGGCGUCCUCCAGGUUCCGGGACCAAAGUCAAAGAUCUGCUUUGGGAGAAGAACGGAAGCCCUCGAAAGAGAGGCCGACCACUGGGAUCAGGGAAAAUCAAGACGGUUACAGAAGAGGCUGAACACAUUCUCACUAACAGCGUCCACUCUGUCGAUGCCCAGCCUCGUAAGAGGGGUCGUCCCAAAAAGACCGAAGCCUUUCCAGACCUUCAAGCAGAAGAAGUAAAGAGCAAGGAAAACGACGAACCCUCACCCAAACGGCCGCGUAGCUCGUUUGCCUCAAGCAAGAGUUCCAGUAAACCAGACGCUGACGACCAAAAGGCCAGUGAGAACGACGGCUGCCAUGUGGCUGCAGUAGAAAACCCUGUUCUGUCUGCUGGAGGUGCUGCAAAACCAGACAAUAUAGAGCAGGGUGCUGAGGAUGAGCUAAAUGAUGCUUCGGUCGACAGCAGAAAGGUUUCAUCCUCGAGGGUAGCAGGUAAAUCCCAAAAAAAGAAGUAAAUCAUUGGGAAGAAUAGAGCACAAAUAUUUUUGAAUGGGUUUUUACCAGAUUUCAUACAAAUAGUUUGACUUGUCCCGAAGGUUAACAAUGCAGAUUUUUUUUUUCUUUUCAUUAUUUGUUCAUGUUGCUCAGCUCUUGUGCUUUUGCAUGUCUUUGAAAGAAAUGUUUAUUUUGAUACUCUGUGGUACCCCACCUUCAGAUAAAUCCUCAUCGAAACAGACAUUUAAGAAGAAGAAAAAAAACGCAGAUGUUCAAUUGCAAAUUUUUAGCCGGGUAAUCAUCUGCAUGACCAGAGCUGACCAAACAGAUCUUAGUACACUGAGCAUUUUUAUUAUUUAUACAAAUUUAUUCGGUGAGGAAAAUAAGCUAUUCCAGGACCAUUUGGUAAGCCCGCUAAAUUUUCAUACGGCGAGAUCGAACGGAACGUCGGCUACGUGUUCCUCUAGUCUGUAUCGGUGGAGGCUGAAAUUACACUCGUGCUUGGAAAAAGCCGGAAAUUUCCACCAGGAUUUAUGCUAGAUGUUGAAGAACGAUCAUUAGAGGAGAGAGUUCUGGUCCAGGAUCUAUGGAGUGUUUUUGUUUUCUUUGUUUCUUUUAAAUCUGUAUUUUAUUAGAAGCAUUUGUCAAAAAAAAUGGCAUGCGGUUUGACCGGAAAAAAAACAAACAAACCUGUUUUAGCUAAGACAUCACUGCAUCCUGAGCCUGUGCCGUCGUCCAUCCAGUCCACUCAACAGCUCCUGAACGUGCCGCGUGAAACCACGGGUCCUUCAAGAUAUAUAUAUAUUUAUAUUUAAAGCAGAAAUGUUCAAUUGAAAUUUGUUUGACGCCAUAAAAUGCAUAAAUUUGUGAAAAAAAAACAAAGUAAAUAAUAAUAAAUGAUCGGCAAUAUAUUAUGCAUAUACAAUUCGGAAAAGAAAUCAAGACCCCAGAGCCGUCUUCAGACCUCACGCUCAUCUUCACGCCAGCUGUAGACCGAAGAACAUGAAGCAGGCAGCCGAUUUUAUCCUUUUCUGAAAGCGUGUUCUCAUCGUGAUCAGAUAAAAGUAAGUUCUAAAUACGUUCAGCUUGGUGACACAGACGAUUGAUAUGAAUUAGAGAUGUUUUAAUAGCGGGUUUAGUACUUUGGGAACGUAGCGCAGCUCCAAGCUCCACUGUAGAUGUAUAUUUUUCCAGUCUCGAUGCUGCCACAGCCUACACACAUUUCCGUAAAGCCGUGUGUGUGUGCUGUGAUCUGUAUCAUCAUUAUCGAAUAUUUCCAAAGCAAAGAGUCAUGCUUGGGGUAACGAUUACCCAUCGGCUCUGUCAAAGCUAAAACGGAGUUUCUCGAACUCGCCACGUCUCCUGACGUGCAUUCAAAAUAUGGUGCGUGUUUUUGUUUAUUUUAUUUUACCGAUCGCUUAAUUUUUACUCAUUUAUGACUGUAAAUCAUUCAUUUUUUAAAACGAAUUUCUGUUCAGAAAUUAUUCCUGUUAGAAAGCAGGAGUCGAAUGUCCAUGUGAUGUUUUAUUUCAUGAUUGUGAAUUUUUUUUUUUUUUUUUUUCUUUAAACAUUUCUGCUUAAUUUUCAGGGUAUAAACUUAAACGGACAUUUACACCACAGAAGCUGUAGUUAUUAGAAACUCAGAGUUGAAUUUUUUUAUUUUUUUUUUAACCAUUUGAACAGAAAUAUUUAUAUGUAAAUCUCGGUCUUUAUGUUGCUGAUAUUCCGGUUCUGUUUUGUCAAAUUGUUUUGUUUGGCAUUUCUGCCCAAAUUUUAUGUGAAUACUACCACCCCACCCCCAGAAAAAAGGCAACGGAUUGUUCCGAUUAUCUCACGGUUCCGUGAUUAUGUACUGCAUUAAAAAUUCCUACAUCUGUUUUCUAAAGGAAAAAAAAAAGUUUUUAUUGCGAUGUUUUUCUUGAUUGAUGUAUUAUAAAAAAAAAAAAAAAAAGGUAAACUGUUCCUGUGAUGUUUGUGAUAUUUCUGUUCAUGUGUUCAGACUUUCUUUAAAAGCUCUGGACAGAAGAUUGAAAAACGCCCUGAACACCCCUUGUGUCCACCCCAUGUUUUAAUUUUUUUGUUCAUUUUUAAAUCAUUUUUAAGCCCUGAUUGUGGUUGUAAAGUUACUAAAGCAACAAAUGUCAAGUGUUAUGUCGUCAUUGCCGGAGUUCUUUCUUCACACUUUAGAGGUUUAAAUGGUUAAACAUCUGAAACGGAGAACGUGGUACCUUUUUAUAUGAUUUUAGGAGAAGUGUAAAACGUGUCCGAGGGCAACAUCGGGGCUGAAAUCUUAAGUGUUCUACAUAAACUUGUGGGAUAUCCUCCAUGUGGUGUUUUUCCAGUCUGCAGCUUGCGCCUUUGUGGACUUUGCUGUUGUUACUUUAGUUGAAGUAGAUGGGUAAUAAACGCCUUGUUCUUUGACAGUAGAUGUGUACAUCCCCCCCGGUAGAACGUGUAUAUAAAGCAACUUUUUUCCCCACCCUGCCUAAAACGACUGAUCCUAACCAUUUUGCGUAGAAUUAGAUGUAUUAGCUUUACAGCAAGUGCAUAGGCUUGUUUUCUACUAUAGUAACUUCUUUGAUGUUUGAUUUCUACAUUAAUCUGUACUCUUUAACAACUAGAUGCUGUUUAAUGUGAGCACUUGUAUUUGAUAUUUUUUCUUUAAUAAAAUGCUUUCUUCAACCAUA